AUGUCUGGAAUAGAAACCGUCCACCUUCAUUCCACACCUAUCAGCAGGACGAUGCUUAGGACAAUCCGGGGCCUCAAGCGUUUAAAAGUAUUAUCGAUAUUUUCUUGCACCUUCCAGAAUGACGUCACAGAAAAAGAUAUCGCAAAGCUGUCCUCACUUCGAUUAGUCGAGUUUCAGCUGUCAAUGUUGCUCGAGCAUGCCGGUACAUUGAAGGCGCGGGCCCUCAUGAAAGCUAUCGACCUCUCAAAUUUGCAAAGCAUCCAAACAGACAUGUGGGACCUUGUCUCAAGGCUUGUAGAUGAGAUGGGAACUAUUCCGCUUUGUUUUCUGGACAUUUUUUUCCUUCAAGAUUGGGCACUCUUCCAAAAGAUUUUGAAGAAAACGCCCUUUUUGUCAUUUCUAAAAAUUCUCCACCUCACAGACCUAUCAUUCAUCAACUCAGAUCUUAAAAUCGACUCAUCUUUGAUUCCCACCCUCCAGAACCUUACUUGCCCACCUGACCUUGUGUCGACGUUUGUUCCUGGUCGGCCCAUAACUGUCCUGAAGAUUUUGACUUCUCGCCAGGUGGUGAUGCGCGGUCUUCAACUAGCGGACAUCAAAUUGAUGACAAAGUCAUCUGUUAUGAUACAUGAAUUGUCGAUCUCUGCCACUGCCUAUUUCACCUUUUCUGUUUGGGAGCACUUGCCAGCUCUGAAGAAGUUAGAAUUGUACCGGACUAACAAGUUCUUGCUUGAGGAUGUUGACCUUGUCUUGCGAACAUUCGCUGACCAGCCUGCCGAUCCAAAGCACCCACCAGGUAUCCGCGAAGUCACCUUCAGUGUAUCGCCGUCGGUACCCCACCUCAAUUUCUUCAAUCUUCCGUGUCAGCAUGAAAUCAUUUCGACCGUGAUGGCUGGGCGUUUUCCAGAGCUAGAAAAGGUUUUUAUAUCCAAGUACAUUGAAUGGCGUCGGUCGGACGGUGACGGAUGGAGCCCUUCAAUAGCUAUAACGCACUCGACGCUCCUCGCGGGGAAAAUCAAGACGGGAGAAUUCACAUAUUUCGAUCAUGGCGGGUGUAUAGAGCGGUUACUGAAUGUCGUCUUUGGCUCACAAGCUCAGACUUAG